GCACACUGCAUCCUCUCUCCCCCCCUCCGCCGGCAUCCAUGGAGUGCUCCCAGCGGUGACAGGGCGCUGAGUGAUUGCCGCUCCGGCCUGUACUGCGCAUGCCGCAGGUGCUCACCGCUCCUCCAUCUUCUGCUCCGCACACAGGCGGCCAGCACUGCUACCUACAGAGCGCACAGCAUCAGCCAGUCGUCACCGGCGAGCCCGCCUCCAUCAUGCACGUCUGAGGGGACCUUGACGUUCUGCACCGUAGAAAAUGGAUGUUGACUCGGCUGCUGCUCGCAUCUGAAGAGAUCCAGCGUGUGAGCCUCAGGGUCUGUUGCUGUGAAGUUAAUGUAUCGAGAUGAAGUUCAUACUGGGGAUUUUGGCUUUUCUCAUAUUUUCCUUAUGGUUGGAUGGAGUGCAUUCUAAAGAGAAGUCCUCAAAGAAAGGAAAGGGAAAAAAGAAGCAGCAUCUCUGCCCAUCUCAGCUAUCUGCAGAAGAUCUUGCAAGGGUUCCAGCAAACUCCACAAGCAACAUAUUAAACAGACUGUUGGUCAGCUAUGACCCAAGAAUAAGACCAAACUUCAAAGGUAUUCCAGUGGAUGUGGUAGUCAACAUAUUUAUUAACAGCUUUGGAUCUAUCCAAGAAACUACUAUGGACUACAGGGUCAAUAUCUUUCUAAGGCAGAGAUGGAAUGAUCCCCGACUAAAGCUUCCCAGUGAUUUCAGAGGCUCAGAUGCUCUCACAGUAGACCCAACAAUGUUUAAGUGUCUGUGGAAGCCAGAUUUAUUUUUUGCAAAUGAAAAGAACGCCAAUUUUCAUGAUGUCACCCAAGAAAACAUCCUCUUGUUUAUUUUUCGUGAUGGAGAUGUCCUUCUUAGCAUGAGGUUGUCCAUUACUUUAUCCUGUCCCCUGGACUUAACAUUAUUUCCAAUGGAUACUCAGCGAUGCAAGAUGCAGCUGGAAAGUUUUGGAUAUACGACGGAUGAUUUGCGGUUUGUUUGGCAGUCAGGAGACCCUGUACAAAUGGAAAAGAUUGCUUUGCCUCAGUUCGAUAUUAAAACAGAAGAUAUUGAAUAUGGUAAUUGUACAAAGUUCUACAAAGGAACUGGCUACUACACCUGUGUAGAGGUCAUCUUCACCUUGAGGCGACAGGUUGGAUUCUAUAUGAUGGGUGUUUAUGCACCCACCCUGCUUAUAGUUGUCCUUUCGUGGCUUUCUUUCUGGAUCAACCCUGAUGCUAGUGCUGCCCGAGUUCCAUUAGGUAUAUUUUCAGUUCUGAGCUUGGCAUCCGAGUGUACCACCCUGGCACAAGAACUGCCGAAGGUGUCCUAUGUGAAAGCCAUUGAUGUGUGGCUUAUUACUUGUCUUCUUUUUGGCUUUGCCUCCCUUGUUGAGUAUGCUGUAGUCCAGGUCCUCCUGAACAGCCCCAAGAGGAUUGAAGCUGAGAAAGCCAAAAUUGCAAAGGCUGAGCAAGCAGAAGGAAAGGGACCCAAUGCUGCGAAAAAGAAUACAGUGAAUGGGACCGGGACACCAGUUCAUAUCAGCACAUUGCAAGUUGGAGAAAAUAGAUGCAAAAAAGUAUGCACGUCUAAAUCCGAUCUGAGGUCCAAUGACUUCAGCAUCGUUGGAAGCUUGCCCAGAGAUUUUGAAUUGUCCAAUUAUGAUUGUUAUGGAAAACCAAUUGAAGUCAACAACGGUCUGGGAAAAUCUCAAGCGAAGAAUAUCAAAAAGCCUCCUCCUUCCAAGCCGGUCAUUCCCUCUGAGGCCAAACGGAUUGACCUUUACUCAAGGGCGCUGUUUCCUUUCACCUUUUUGUUCUUUAAUGUCAUAUACUGGCUGGUAUAUUUAUGAUGACUCUAAUUCUCACUUUGAGUUCACAAAACAAGUCGCCAUUACUCUCACACUCUUUAAAGCCAACCCGUGAUCUUGUCUACAUUUGCAAAGCAAUAUCUUACAUUGUAGAUGCCAUGCUCUUGUAAUGAAAAUUGGCUUUUUUUAAAUGGAAGCAUGACACUGCAAUGUCUGUGCUUAAACUAAUGUAUAUAAGUGUAAGGUUUCUGCUAUAAACACAGUUCUGAGUAAUGCAUACAUAAGCCCCCCUCCCCCCCCCAACCUCUACCGUUUUAAUAUGAAAAGUUAUGAGAUGCU